AUGCCGCACGAUAAUUCUGGCUUUAAAAAUUGGUACCUGGCGACUGAUAUUAGUAAUUUAAAAGAACUAUUUGAAUCGCGACUACAUCAAAAAGACGAAAAAACGAAGAGAUUUACGCCAUUUAAUAAAGAAGAUCGCAACCUGUUAAAUAAGAACAAUGCUUCCUCCACAGUACGUGAUUACCACACUGACAUUCGAGGAUUCAAGCCUUCUGAUCCAAUGUUAAUAUCCACACUUCUAAAAUCAACGACACGAAAAAUAGUAAUGGCUAAUAGUAUACCAGAAAAUACGUAUAUAAAUAUAAAUAAUUCUAUACCCAAAAAUAGUACAAUUCAAACAAACCGGUCCAAACGAAGAAACGAGCAAAGAUGUACUCAAAAACCAAAGAAAAAGCGUUUUAAUUCAAAAGGUCGAAACAGAUUUUUAGAUGUAUUUGAAGUAGUGGAAUUCGAUCACGUGACGUGUUCGUCAUUUAACGGAUUCGAAGGGACUUGUCUUCAUGAAUACGAUUGUCAAAAAAUUGGUGGAGUAACGAUGGGAACUUGUGCUGACGGCUAUGGGACAUGUUGCGUUAUGCUAUUCACAUGCGAAGGCCGUUCGUCAUCUUCUAGUGUAUGGUUCACUAAUCCUGGAUAUCCUACGCCAAGCUCUGAUAGGCUGUCUUGUUCUUUUACAAUAGACAAAUAUUCUGAUGAAGUGAAGCAAAUACGACUCGAUUUUAUUAGUUUUGAGAUUUUACCGCCUACAGGCGGGAGUUGUGAGCAAGAUCAGUUUUUAGUUACAGGACAAAAUGUCAAUAGUGUAAUGCCUAUCCUUUGUGGUAUAAAUUCUGGACAGCACGCGUAUAUAGAAGUUUCGAAUGCAGAUGGUCCAAUAGUUCUUUCAUUUCAGACAAUAUCGGAAGAAAACCGUUUAUUUUCCAUUAAGGUAACUCAAUUGACUUCCUGUGAUAAUUUAAAAGCUCCAUCAGGAUGCUUACAAUACUUCAAGGCGGAACACGGAUAUCUGGAAUCAUUUAAUUACCGCGACACAUCCGAAAUAGGAAUCCCAAGGAUACCUAGUUACUUGAACUACCUGAAUUAUGCUAUAUGCAUAGAACGUGCAAAAGCGUUCUGUAGUAUAACGUACAACAACGUCGGGGAUAUGCAAAUUAUCAACUAUGAUACGGAAGGUCUGCCUGUAAUACCGCCGCGACAAGCAGGCGUAGAAAUAUUCGACUGUCCAAGCGAUUGGCUGCUAAUAGCCGCCGUCCGGUUGUGUGGCGAACGUCUAAACGAUGGCUCUAUUCUACAGGAUUUUACUUUGAAUGCGCCUGUGACAGAUGAUGGAGCGGGUCCAAUUGUAAUAUGGUUCAGAUCAGACGGAAUAUACGUCGGUCGAGGUUUCAAGUUAAGCUACCAACAAAAUGAUUGUACUAAAUAAAUACUCUUGAUUGCUAUUUUACUUUGAACAAAUAUAGCGGCUGAUAGAAACAAAGUGUGAAAAUACAUACCUAUUUUUAUUGUAUUGAAUAUGGUAAACAUUGAAAUGAUUAGGCAAGUAUUUACUAUCUACAUCAUCUUCGUUAAAAUACCUACAUAGAUACUUAAUACCUCGAAAACUAUGUCAGCUUUGUAAAAGUGUAUUGCUUUACGAUUUUAUUAAUCUUUUAACUCAGGCUGAAGUGCCUUUAUCAACAUUACACGUGAUUAUCUGAUCUUAUUCAUAUUUUAAUGUAUAAAAUAAGGAUCAUUGACCUAUAAAUAAAAUAUACCCAUGAGUGUAUCUUGGUCAAAGUAUUUAUAAAGUUAUGUAUAUAUAACAUCAGACUCAUGUAAGACAGAUUUUUUUUUUUUAUAUAGAAUAGGAAGGCAGACAAGCAUAAAGGCCACCUGAUGGAAAGUGGUCACCAAAGUAACACAUUGGUAUUAUAACCAUCAAUUACAAUAGCAAUGUGCCACCAACCUUGAGAACUAAGAUGUUAUGUCCCUUGUGCCUGUAAUUGCACUGGCUCACUCACUCUUUAAACCGGAACACAAUAAUACCAAGUACUGCUGUUUUGCGGUAGAAUAUCUGAUGAGUGGGUGGUACCUACCCAGAUGAGCUUGCACAAAGCUCUAC